GAUCAACUGUUUGCCCGCAAUGCAAAAACUGAGCAUACAAUUAUAGAACUAAAAAAACAGCAAGUAAAUUGCAGUAACAGCAAGUUUGGAGAAAUUCUAAAUAGUGAUUGCAACGAGGCUAUUAAACAAAAUCGUAUUAAUCUUGAACAAAAGCGUGACGCAGGGGAGGAUGAAGAAGAUAAUUACGCAGAAAUUAAUGUGCUCGCCGAUCAUGAUUACUAUUAUAUAACUAAUUUAAAUGAUUACUACUAUCAGCAGCAUCAAGAACUACAAAAACAACAGCAAUACACACAAACACAAUUAACGCAGUCUUGCAGUUCAGCACCACUUUGUGUCGCCACAGAUGGCUGUGUUGUGGGUGGAGGUGGGGGUGAGUAUUGUAAUGGUAUUUUACGUAAAGAAAAUGGUAGUUUAACACAUAAGCAACAACAAUUACAACAACAACAACAUGAAAGUCUUAAAGGUACACUGCUAAGGAAUAAGAAGAAAUGUCGACGUAAAAUUGUUUCAUUGAAUUUUCUUAUGAAAAACUUGAUUAUGUAUCGUUUGAAAUAUGAUAUCCUUUAGGUGCAGCGUA